AUGAGCAAUUUCGAUUCACAAAGGCAAGAAUCACUGAAGAGGCGGUGGCAGGAGCAGUUGAUCAACCAUUCAAGCCCAUCAAAUUUCUAUAGCAAUCUAAAUAACACGGCUCCCUCGACAGUGCCCUUCAUGGUAAACCCUAAGCGUCUCCAAACUUUUUCGGGUUUCUUGGACGAUGAUCUUGUUUCAUCAGUGGUGCCACCAGUGACGGUGGUGUUGGAAGGCCGUUCGAUCUGCCAGCGGAUCAGUCUUCACAAACAUGGAAGCUACGAAAGCCUGGCAAAGGCUUUGAGACAAAUGUUUGUUGAUGAGGAUGCAUCCUCGUCAUCUGAUAAUGAUGUUGAUGUUGACCUUUCAAAUGCUAUUCCUGGUCACCUCAUUGCAUAUGAAGACAUGGAAAAUGAUCUUCUUCUUGUUGGUGACCUUAAAUGGAAGGAUUUUGUUAGAGUGGCGAAAAGGAUUCGAAUAUUACCAGCAAAGGGUAGAUCAAGAACACAGAAAAGGGAGAUGAAUUAA